UGUGUGUGUGUGUGUGUGUGUGUGUGUGUGUGUGUGUGUGGCAGGGAAUGAAUACUAUACAGUAGCUUGUGCUGAGACCCGUCUGUGUGUUUUUGUAUGCAAGCUUUACUGUGUGUAUUCCAGGGUUUACAUGUGCACGUGGUUGCAAGUGUUAGUUUGCACGCUUUUCGUUGUGUGUGUUUCUGUGUCUGUGUGUGUGCGUGCAUUUGAUUGUGUAUCAACUGUCACCGGGUUUAUUUUUUGCGUUGGUUUGUUGUCGACUGUUUACACAUACGUGGUUUUUCUUUCGUUCACCGCGUAGGACUGUUAUCUCAUGAAGGGUGUUUGGACUCGCUCCUCGUUUCUUCAGAUCUGCAAACAAACGGCGGACCGUGAUGCAGCUCCUGGAUGAGGAGGAGAGGCAGUUGCACACAAACACGCCUUUCACGCGCACACUCUGAAGCCCUCACAGAAAGCGUCCCCUCCUCCCUUUAGAGGCGUCCAUCUGUUGCACAUGUGACAGACUAAAAACGGACUCAGAAAUUCAGACUCUUUUCCUUGUUUAACACGACAAACACAGACAGCAGACUGGAGGCAAGGAAGGUACGAUUCUAGCUGUUGCUCUCACCACUAGAAUCUCUCAGUAACUGGUCUUUCUUGGACAAAUGUGUAUUUAUGUGAUGCUACAUUUUUAAUGUGACAAUAGUAUUUAUUCCAUAAUAAAUAAAUACCAAAUGGUGCUAAUGGGACAAAAGGAACUUGGAAAUAAUUAUGACAAGCUGACGAUCUCAAACCAUUUCCUCUUGAGAUAGUCAUGAUAAGAUUUUGUCUUUGCAAAGUUGAAGCACAUAUACACAGAUAUGGUCUUAUAUUUUGGAUAGCGUAAUAUGGCAUAAGUGUUGCCUUUUCCUGGUUUUCUUUUCCUGGUGCAGUAAAACAAUGUCAUUUCCUGAGCUCACCAGAUUGUUCUAGCUGUUGUGUUAUUUGCCUUUACCCACGUAGUCCUUAUAUCCACAUCACUGACGAUUAUUUAUCCAAAAUCUCAUUGUGUAAAUAUAUUUGGAAAGCACCAAUAGUCAACCUUAAAAUAUCGGCGCACUAUUGAUAUCGUGGUAUUUGAUUUUGUCCAUAUCACUCAGCCCUAAACUUAGCCACAAAUUCCUCCCCUCUCCGUCCAGAGCAGCGCUCGAACAUCAUUGUAAACUGAGCUUGAAGAGUGACUGAAUAAAUACAAGGAAGUAACCACCGAAACAUCUUCACUGGCCUCCAUGCUGCUUCCAGCUGUUUACUUACACUGUUUUCCAUUGCGUUUGUGAAAUUGAGUGUGACACACUAGAAAAACACCCAGAAAGGCGUAUUCAUCUACUGGGAAUGGGACAGGAGUCAAUCGGCUAGUUUUUGCGGGUUUUCUUGCGUUUAAUAAAACCUGCAUAAACGCGCUAAUUUUGGUGGAAAAGGUGUAAAGCACUCGCCUCCCGAGGCUCUCUAUGCUCCCAGCUCAUUUUUCUAUUGAGUCGCAUUAAAGGAGAGCAGAUUCCCAAAAAAAUUAAAGCAUGUCGGUGCAAAAAGACUUAGAGGAUGAACAAAAGACAGCAAAAGUAAUUGAACUAUUUCCACUGGACUAUUGCUAAACAAAGCAGUUCCAGUGAAGAUGCACAAUGCAUUCCUUCACGGGAGGAUAAUCCGAAAAUGCUUUGUUUAGCAAAAUCAUUUUUGGGGAUUUCCAUGAGCCCACAAGUGGAUGCAGGACACUUCAGUGAUGCUGCACAGGAAUCUUCUGGAAGUUUUUCAGCCGUUUUAUAACCUUUGCUGUCUUUCGUUUGCACCGGGCGCUCCGCUCUCCUUAACGCCAUUUCUUUAUGGAGGGGAGUACUAUAUACAAUUCAUAUUGUUGUGGGGUGAACUCCUUUAGAUAGUUUUGUUCUGAAGGAGUUUCGACAUGUUCACCUGUAUUGAAAAAACACGAUCCCAUUGUUUGGCAGUGACUGAAUAUACCAGACAGCGCAGCAGCAUUCGCCUCUUUCAGCCUUUUGAAGCGGCCGCAGUGGAGCUCCUCAGAUAUCUCAGCCCGCCUUUGUAACUGCUGCGUGUUGUUAUUUUUCUCUCUCCUGUGCCUCCAGGACAUUCUCAGAAAACGACUGCACCAUGGUGGCCCCAUCUGACCCCUGCCUCAGCCCCACCAAGGGAGAGCUGGUCUACAGCAAGACAGCCAAACAGUGCCUGGAGGAGAUAUCGGGUACAGCGGGUCGACACACAUGCCGCGGGCUCUGCAUGCUUGAUAUUUGUCCGUGUGGGUGUGUAAUGCCAUGUGCAUUACACAUUUGUCUCCUCUAAUACUGGUUAUACACUGUCAGGAUUUAACCUUGAUCUGCUGUUCAGCGUCCAUAUUUAACUAAUGUUGACCUGCUGCAAUGCUCCUCUGUGUGUUUAGGAUGCAUUUACUCUCUUUAGGAAAUAGAACAAUUGGUUUUGCAUACUUUAACGCUGUUGUAUUACAUUAUGGAUUAGCUGCCCUACAUAACAUUUAAGUGAGAGCAGGCUGCAGGGGUUUUAAUGCAGAAUAGCUAAAGAGUCGCUGCGGGAUGGGAGACUUUUUGAAGGCUACUGCUGUGUAUAGCACAAUGUGCUAGUGUCGUGCAGCUGGUGUGUAAGUGUGUUUUCGGUGUGUGUGUGUGUGUGUGUGUGUGUUAGUCGUGUUUACUGGGGGGAUCCCUGUUCCGCGCCGGUUCCAUGUGGUGAAGGGAAAAGGUCAGCGCUGACAGACGGACACAGGGAGCAUCUGCGGCUCUUUGUUGUUUCUGUUUACAUUCUUGCAUGCCACCGUCGUGUUUUUAAAAUCCCAGCUCUGCAUCAUCAUCAAUACGUACACAUCAUUUAUUGUUUUCAGCUUCAGCAGAGGGAUGGCUUUUGCAAAGAGUUGCUUGACAUUUGAUGGAUGUUUUUUUUUUUUUAUCCAAAGCUCAUAAAGUGUUAGUUCAGAUAUCUGAGUUCUUAUGGAGGAAUGGAUGCACAUCGCAUAUACACUACAACGGAGCAAGAAAACUGGGUAUGGGAAGAGUUUUAAGCCUUAAAGAGAUAUCAUUUGAUUUAAGAAGGGUGUAGUGAUAAGAGGCUGCAAUCAUUUAGAAACAGUACAUUUUAUCCAAUAUUUUGUACAUUAUUUAUAUUUGAGUUCAUCAUCCUUUUCAACGGCACCAGAAAGCUGCUGGCAGAACAGAAAGCCUACCGUUUGUUUGUAAUGACUCCCAACAUCUUCAUCGUCCUUUAACUACGGUCAGUGGACAUCUGAGCAAUUGAGCUUCUGCAGCUGAGAGGUCAGUGCUGAGGGACAUUUGACCAGCUUCUAACCACAAACUCCAAAUUCUGACAAAGGAACAGGAUGAGAGCUCAAAGCAGGCAACACAAACCACUGGCACAGACACAUUCCAUUGUUUCAAAUGCAUCUUGCCAUUUGCAAAAGACUUCAGUGUCACAACUGCAACCCAUUUCACAUUAAAGAGGUUUGUGUUGCCGCACAUUCCCCAUUAUCCACCGUAUUGUCUGUUUUAAGCAUUUUGUCAUUGAGUUAGAUCAUGUGCUUCCAAAUAUUCUGAAAUGAUUUGGAUUUUACAUGUUUAGUAGAAAAAUGCCAUUUGGAAUGAAACUCCAUCCUUAGAAUAACAUAAAUAGCAGAGGGUGACAUGGACGAUGAAUCAAACAAGCAAUAAACUCAACGGCAAAAAAAUAAGACGUCAAGUUCAAAGUGAAGCCGGAGAGACUCUGAGCGUCUACAAAGUGCAGCGUGCACAAACAACAGCGCAUGAUUACAGGUUUCGGGAAUGUCAGGUUUGGCUGCGACAUUCCAGACAUUUCCCUUCGGCCGUGGCUUUUCCGCAGCCCGUCAUUUGAAGGAUAGAAUUAGACUGCGACGCGGACCGUUCCCUUUGUUUUGAGGUCCAUUUCAAACGCUCCGCUCUCUGCUGUCACUCGUUUCAUGGCCGUUUCACAUCCUCCGCUUACUGCCCGACUCUUGCCCCGCAGAGGGGCAGAAAUGAGUCCCUGGGAAGGAAAUUCAAGUGUAUGCAAAUACCACAAACAACCACAUGACAGGCCUGCUCAGUUUACUUGUACAAGCUCGUUAUCCACGCGUUGAUUUAAGCUUUUUGUGAAAUUAAUGGGAGACGAGGAUAGUAAAAACUGCUGAGUCAUUCCGAAGUAAUUUUAUUGACAUUUAAGAACAUGCGAUUAGGAACACCUUAAUUAGGGUUUCUGAGGCAACCUGCUUCCACUCCUUACUAGCUAUUGGUAACCACGAUUAAACAAUGUGGGGAAGACAGCUGUGAGUAAUAGCAACAGGGCUAAUAAGGCUUGCACUGAUUGAUGGGGGUACGUGGGUUCUGUGGUCUCAUUGUUGAUCCGCGAUAAGCCGCCGGCUCGCUGCUUUCGCUCCUCGAGAUAGCAUUUAAUUAAGUCGGUCGGCCGGCGUGGCUGCGAGCUCACAGGUGCUGCUGUCCAAACAACUCACUGUCACAUCGCGAUGGAGAGAUGAAGAGAAGAGAGAGGGUGGAGGAUAGUGUGAGGGAGAACAAGACAUGGGCUGGGAAGAGGAAGGGAGCGAGCAGAAAAGCGAGAGAAGAAGGAUUAGGAGGAAGAGAGGGUGAUGAGCAGUGAGAAGGAGGGUUGAGAGAGAGAGAGGGAGUACUGCAGGCUGCACGCAGGAACGAACAAGCACACCGAGAGCUAUGCGAGUCCGUUCUUUGGCUUCACCACCCGUUCGUUCUCCGCUGUGAGGAGAGAGGGACUGUCAGAGAGUCAGAGGGAAGGGGGCGCAGCAGAAGUGUAGCGGUGAGGUGGUAAUUAAAGGAGAGACAGAAGGCGCAGGGUGGGAGAUAAGAGUGAGCGAAAAGAGGCUGUCGUUUAAUAGGGGGAAAAGAUAAAGAGAGCGCGGGAGGGGAGUGGGAGAGAGGACGCGUUGGUGAGGGAAGAGAGAUGUAGCGACUCCACGCCCCUGAUCGUGGUGGAGGAAGAAGACAUGAGGACGGGAGACGGAGUGGAAGGAACAAGUGUUUGCGUCCGGCUCGACGUCUCGCCGUGACCAUGGAGCGACUCAAGGAUGGAUCUGGAUUCUACCUGCAUGCCUGAGAGGGAGCUUUCCUCUCUGAUCUUCGACCAAGCCCACCAAAGCUUGGAGCUCAGUCGGGAGGCGUGGGACGCAUCUCUCUGCCUCCUCCUCCGCCCCCCCCCCCCCGGUUCCUCCUUUACUCCACUCGCUCUUCCAGUGACAGUGCGGCCACGAUGUAAAGCGGACCGCUGCGCACAGGUGGAUCCACUUGCAUAUACAGUUUCUCCCACGGAGGCGGAAAGGUAAGACGGAUAAAGGGAGGGGAGCGGUGAGCCAGAGAUGAAGAGAGGAGCAGAGUUCUCGGUGUAUCAGGGAGGCAGCCCGGCUCGACGGCCUCCCCAGCCUCUCCCCGACAACCUCAACCUGCGGAUCAAGCAGCGCUCGCUCACAAACCUGACCCUGCUCAGCGACGGCGAGCAGCGGGUUUACUCCUUCGAGCUGGACGAGCCGCCGCCUCUCCUUUCCCGACCCCGGAGCUCGCCGCUGCACUCGUCCUGCACACAGCGGGCGGGAGGCAGCCUGCAAGGAAGCCCGAGGAAGGAGGUGGUCACAAGGGGCGGAGGCGCGCAGGGCACCACGGCUCGAUCCCUGUCGCUCUCCCUCACCAAGGUGCUCUCUCAGUCGGAGCACUCCCUCAUCCCAGUCCCAUGGCGGUGCACGGGCGCGGGCGGGCGACCGCAGCGGGCGUCGUACAGCGGCCACCCACGGACGGAGCCGGCGCGGACGUCCAGGGGAGAGGGGGGAACAGGCGAAGAGGGCAGCAGCGGGCGCUCAGACGAGGAGCCGGCGGCGGGCUGGGCUGGCGGGAAGAGGGUAGGCAGGGAGAAGGACAGCGGGUACUGGGCGGAGGAGGAGGUCUCAGGGGGAGGUCCUCGCGAGGGAACGGCUCAGCUGGAUAAAGAGUUGAUCCUCACCAUGCUGGGCGACCUGGAGCAGGUGCUGCACACACAGCCCCGCCCACGAGAGGACCCUGAGACGAGACGCAUGAGGACGGUGAAGAACAUCGCCGACCUGCGGCAGAACCUGGAAGAAACCAUGUCCAAUCUACGGGGGACACAGAUCAGCCACAGGUAAGGCACACAGAUGGUACGACCCAUUAUUUACUGGGGAUAGUAAAUGACUCUGGUCUGGUUUUUGGUUAAGAAAAGGGAUACGGACAAUGAAUUGCCUCGUUUAUUUGUAGGGCCGCGUGCAUAAGGGACAACAAGAGAUUGGUUCCUUAAAGGAGAAUAUUGUUAUUUCCCAUUCAUAUCCCCUUAAAGUCAAUCUGUUUUAUUCAUGAAGUUUAAAAUGAGCUCCACAAAUCAGAAUACAUUUUUUAAAGCAAUUGAAAAUGUCAACCUAAUUGAGUUGUUUCAGGGUUGAAGUGAAUUAUGUUGCCUUCAGGCCGCUGUGUUAUUUAACCGAGACAAUAGUGAAAUGUAGCACCUCAAAUAGGAUCAUAAAUCUCUCACAACCCAAAUAUAAAUGUUCCCAUCUGCUUCUUAGGUGGCUCACUUCGUUAUUUAUACUUUUGCUGGCGUUAGAUUAUAGUUACCUUGUGUGUGUUAUGUCCGACCACUGCUGCAACAUUUGCCCCCCCCCCCCCCCCCCCGCAGGCAGCACCCAACUUCAGUCAGACACUGUUUUAGAAGUAAACCAAAUGCAGAGAAAAGGGAUUUGCCUGCCAGUGUUUAUUUUAAGACACUUCCACCUUUUUGAGAGACUAUUAUGCAGUCACAUCUAAAGUUCACUUUCCGUCUGAACAAUGAGAAAAGUUGGUCCGUUGUUUUUCGGCUCGUUCAGGCAAACUCUGCUUCCCACUAACUCCUAGAAUUAUCUGGCUCUUUAGCUGCUAAAUGCUGCUAAGUGUCUGUCUGCUUUUUCGGGACUGGAAACGCGGUGUACUGUUGGUUUUAAGAGCUCUUCGGCUCAGAACGCCCGGCUGCUGCAUCUGGAAACAACACUGAUGAUGCUGAGAGUGAACCAAAACAAUAAAGUUUAAGGCUGGGCCAAAAACAGUGAGUUACAAGAAAAAAAACACGCUCCACAGAGCUGAGGUGGUGAUGAAUUUCUCUGGGUUUGUCACUACAAGUGACCCCCUUUCACAUUACACAUUUGAUCCAUUGUAAAUAUGAAAUUAUUAGUCGAAGCAGCUUAGUAAAAUAAUUAUGCUAAUGUUGCUUGCGGGUAUAUGAUAGUGUCUCCGUGACCCUCAACAGGAAAUAAAAAAAGGAGAACGUAGCACCUAUUUUUUGUCGCAAGAACAGAGCAACCAGAACGUCACCAUUCAGCUGCAGCCUAUAGGCCUGUUUUCAGAGGCUAUUUUCACACCGACUGAGACAUGUUUAACUUCCUCAAAGACUGUGAAGGAGACCCACCAAAGUCACGACCAAUAACCACUGAAAAUAACCAAAGUUUCCUUUGUGAUCACAUUUUCCCAUCCCAGCACUUAUUAUGCGAGUUUCCCUGUGCGUCCGUUGUCCUUGGAAAACAGAAGCGGCUCAGAUUUUGAUAUCUCUGACUCAGUUCACCACACCGAUCCAACAGGGAGAUACGUCUCCAAUUGUUAAUGAUGUUUCCUCUGUUGCCAUGCAUUCUUCUCCUCCGCGUUUUUUUCUGGAUUUAAUUAGAAAAGUACAGGAGCCACCUUCCUCACCAGCUGGCGCACAUGUAAUGACAUUUCAGGAGUUGAUGGACAACCGGCACCUUAAAAGGCCGUCCCAUCUGUGAGCCACGGGGACAGUCUAAACAGUGUGGAAGCUGCGGCUCGGGCGAGGACGAAAAUGAUAACCAUUGGUUUGUGUCGGCUCCCCCCGGGCAGCAGCUCCCCGCUCUGUCUCUCCCCCUCUCCCUUAGUCUAUUAUUUUGUGUGUUUUGCCCCAUUUGCAGUGGAAUAUGGUGGCCGGGCUGCAGACAGCCAUGACAGAUGGCAGUCUGUGUGUGUGCAUUUGUUUUCUACUUCUUUUUUUUUUUUUUUUUGUCCUCAGAGGAGUCUCAGCCAGGCGCGAUCAAUACAGCGCCAUUGUCUUAUCGCCAUGUUUUAUUCUGGCGAGGGCCCACGGGGAUGGGGUGGGAGGUGUUUGAUCGGUCUGAGACGGACAGCCAUCAUGAUGCAUCAUCGUCAUCAGCAUCAUAUACGGUGUGUCUGCACAUGUGUGAGCAGUAAGCAGCCAUUAGAUUAAACGUGGGACAAAAAGGGAAGUCGGCUCCUGUGUGUGAGCCUCUGCGGACAUGUUUGUAUUCUCAAUGUAAGGAUAGUCUCAGAGUCCGCAUGCCAAUCCUGUCUGUGACAGAAGCCCGACCGGACCAUCUUAAUCUCUCCCAUGGAGGAGAAACGGCUCUGAAGCACCUUCAGUAAUUAAUUGCCGCUAUGCUCGAGCAGACAAGACUGUCAUAUUCAGCGCUUUGAGAUUCGCUCUCCGUACCUGGUUAUACCUCAUUCAUGCAGACUGGGUUUUAGGACCGCCAGCUGGAGCCAUCACAACAUGGACAUGGAGUCCACUAGCGCAGAAACAGACACCGUAGUUCCCUCUUUAUGAUUGUUUUACGUGUCACAGAUAGAAUAACAAAUUGUCCUCAUCUAUGCUCCUCAAAAGAGCAGAAGUUUUAUGCUCCGUAUUAAAGUAUAUUUGUGAAGGUGUAAUCAGGAUCCUUCUUUUCAAAUUGUUCUGUAUAUAGCUAAAAUAGAGUUAUAGCUAAAAGUUUUACUUACUUAUUUAAAGUGUUUUCCAUUCAUAGUUUUGGGGAUUUUUAAAUUAUAUGGAGGAAUUUUUAUGCCUUUUAUGUGGAAUGACUUGUAGCACA